AUUGACCAUCGAUGUAUAUAACCUAACGGCUUGACAGGUUAUAAAUUUACAAAUUCAAAUCUAACUAAACUAAGCUAAACCAACUUUGAAAGUUGAAAUAGGCCUAUAAUUCUGUUAAACCUAACCUAUGACAUUCUAGGAAGAGAACUGUGUUUUUUAGGGCUGGCUACAUACAUCUUAAUAGGAAUGAUCCAUCACAAGUUGUUGGUUUCUUGUUGGAUCAUGCAAACUUGCCAUGGCAUGUGAUUGUGAAAAUGAGUAUAAUCGUCAGCAAAGACAAUAUUGGUUGGGUUGUAGACCAUGAAGAGUUCAUAAAGAAAGUUUACUGCUCUGUAAUUUAUGAACAUUCUUCAUCCUGCCACAGGGCAUUGUCUUUCAACAAACACUUAUUUGAAAUACUGACUCCAUUUCUAAAUAACUUGGAAGCAAAAAAUGCUUCUGAUAAAAAGUCUAGGAGAAAAAGGAAAUAUAUUGCAUUAGAAUCUCAAAUUAACUCGAAAGAGAUAUCAGUUAUAAAAUUGGCUUUAAAAGAGCUUAAAAAUGCACAAAAAGAAUCUACGUUUCAAGCCACACCGUCAUUUGAAGACUUAGAAAAGAACAAUGAAGAGGCCAGAAAAUGUGCAAGUUCAUAUUAUAGUAAAAUAUUCCAAAAAGAUAUAUUGUAUUUUAACGGAGGAAAUAAUUUCUAUAAACCAAUUAUAGCAAGAAUUAAAGAAGACAAUUUUUUGAUACCUAAUAACUCAGUUUUUUUCUGCUCAGAUAUAAAUAAACUAAUAACAAGUCUUCCAGAAAAUAGUAAAUUUGAUUUUAUUCUAAUGGACCCUCCUUGGUGGAACAAAUAUGUGAGAAGAAGAAAAAAGAAUCAAGAAGCUGCCGGAUACAAGAUGAUGUACAAUGACGAAGUGUGUGCGUUGCCUGUCGCACAGUGGCUACGGCCUGGAGCGCUAGUGGCUGUGUGGUGUACUAACUGUGAACGUCACAUUCAGGAUGUUGUGUCUCGAUGGUUCCCCAAGUGGGGCUUACAUCUUGUUGCUACGUGGUUUUGGCUCAAGGUGACACGCAGUGGUGAGCCAGUGUGUCAGUUUUCUCCGCCACCCGGCAAACAGCCUUACGAGAGGAUUUUGUUUGGCUCUGUGGCAGGUCGAACUGUCCCACAACCCUUGGAUAAUCAGUGUAUUGUCAGUGUCCCAAGCUCCAUACACUCUCACAAGCCACCACUUGUUGAAGUGAUCAAGCCUUUUCUCCCGGCUGAGCCAAAGUGCCUGGAGCUGUUUGCGAGGUAUUUAUUGCCGGAUUGGACCAGUGCCGGGGACCAGGUGCUGUCACUGCAGAACAUCAAACUUUAUACUGAUGUAGAACAUGAUGAUCUAUAGUCCAAGCAACAUUCACAAUGUGGAACAAAGUCAGCACAGGCAGUCCUCACCAUGUAGUCCUAGUUUGGGCAAUAUUGCACAAUCACAACUAAUAACUUCUUGAUCAGCAUCGUACUUGUUAUUAAAUUUACGAAAAGUAAAUAAAGAAACGUCUUAUAACAAUUAAAACAUAUAUUUACGCUUAUACUGUUACUCACAAGACGGUAAAUAUACAAAAAGGUGGUAAGUGGUGAUCAAUUUUGAUUGGACACUCCAAUCAUCAUCAGAGGGUCUCGAUAAUUCGCCUAUUGGGUCUGAUGAUGAUUGGAGUGUCCAAUCGAUCACCACUUACCACCUUUUUUCUAUAUUUACCGUCUUGUGAGUAACAGUAUAAGCGUAAAUAUAUGUUUUAAGUGUUUAAGACGUUUCUUUAUUUACUUUUCGCAUAGACAAUCUUUUGCAACAUUAUCUAUUCAUUCAUAGGCUACGCUCAACUGAACUCUUACCUAGGCAAAAAAUUUUACAAUAAACUACCCAGUAUGAACAGGUACGUUCAUAAAAUAUAUAUUAGGUCUUAAUUUAAAAUGUAUUCAGGAAAUUAGGAAAUUAAUUUAUUCAAGACCAAGGUGGAACAUUUUUUUUAUCAGCAAAGCCAAUUGCAGCAUAGAUGGUUGUAUGUCUGAUAGAAUUUGUUAGUAUUUAGUUUUACAAAUUUUAAUUGUUUAAAAUGAAUGUUUUAAGCGUUUUUUUUUCCAUAGGCAAGUAGCUAUUACUGUAGGUAGAACGGUAAGACUUAGGCCCGGUACCAAUUUACUUUUUCAUUUUGAUGUCCGCAUAGAGGCCAAAAACACCAUUUGUUCAAAUUUUAGAGUUAUGAGUGAAAAUUUAAAAACGUACAUUUUCAGGAAAAGCAGUUUGCAAAUUUUUUUCUCCUUUUUUCAAAACUUUUAUUAUUUUUUUUAUUUCAUUUACAUUUGAAGUUUCAUAAAAUGUCCAUGGUAACGCAAUAUCUUUGGUAGUUUCUUUUUAAAAGAGCAUCUUUAGUGGAAAAACACAAAAUCCUGUCACGACCAUAACGGACGUUUAAAUGAAUAUUAAAAAUAGUUAAUAUUAUUUUUAUUACUAUGUUUUGCUAUAAACUAAUUUACUUUUAUGACCAUUAUACAAUAAAAAGGUCACUGAGCUUUUGGUAU